AUGGAAGUCACACUUUACACGCCAACUGUUCCAACAACAGAGAAUCCAGAUCUGUUCAGCUCCUUCGAGCCAAAACUUGAAGCUUACAGAGCAAAACUUGCAGCUGGAGUGUUGGACGAGUACAAGUUGCCCGAUAAUCUGGUACCUCAAGACGAUGGUGAUGUCACAGGGAUUCCUGACAAUAUUCUAAAUGAUGCUGAAAAGACAAUCACUGAGACAUCGGCUGUGUACCUUGCUGCAUCCAUUGCCAAUGGAAAACUGACUGCUGUAGAGGUGUUGAAAGCGUUUGCCAAAAGGGCCACUGCUGCACAUCAAUUGACGAACUGUGCAAUGGACCUGUUCAUUCCUGAAGCAUUGGAAAGGGCAGCAGAAUUGGAUGAAUAUUACAAAACUACAGGGAAGACUGUUGGUCCGCUCCAUGGCCUCCCUAUCUCAUUAAAAGAGCGGUUUGAUGUCAAGGGAAGAAUCACCCAUGCUGGGUAUGUCUGUGCUAUAGAUAACGUUUCCAAAGACUGGUCGCUUAUCCCUAAGAAGCUUUGGGAUGCUGGAGCUGUUUUUUUUAUUCGGACCUGCCAACCGCAAACACUAAUGCAUCUUUGCACCAAUAACAACAUCACAGGCAUCUGUCGCAACCCGUACAAUACUCGCUUGACAAGUGGUGGAUCCAGCUCUGGUGAGGCUGCACUGACUGCAAUGCACGGAUCUGCAUUUGGAAUUGGCUCUGAUGGUGGCGGAUCAAUUCGUGCUCCUGCUGCCUUUUGCGGCGUCUGGGGUAUUCGGUGCACUCAAAAGCGGCUUCCACUGAGAGGAAACAGCGUUUCGUCGGCUACGGGUGUGAACGACUGUUUUCAUACAGUCAAUGGGCCUUUGGCACGUAGUGCUGAUGACUUGGAACUUGCUUUGAAAGUGUUAAGCGAUAAAGCCUGGGAAGACGACGCUACACUGAUCCCGCUCCCAUGGAGAACAGUUUCGAAGCCAAAGGUUUCGGAUCUAACAAUCGCUGUUUGCUAUGACGACGGAGUGGUUAAACCAAUGGAGCCCAUAAUCAGAGGCCUGAAAUAUGUUGCCGGGAAGCUAAAAGCUGCGGGAGCAACAGUCGUGGAGUGGAAGCCGAACAACGUUGAUCUUGUCUCCAAGCUCUCGUUCACGGUUUAUAGUGCAAAUGGGAACGCGGGCCAAAAAAAGCUGUUUGAAAAGUCUGGAGAGCCCAUUUUGAAGUCCAGUGUGGACACACUCAGCUUUGGAUUCGGAGACAGACCGUUGACCUACUUGGAAUACGAGAAGAUCUGUAAGCUCCGUGACGAAAACAUGAAUCUGUACCGGGAGCAGAUGAAAGGAAUUGAUUUCCUACUCACUCCAGCGUACUGCAACGUUGCUCCAGUACCAGAAACUCUCAAAUACUGGGCGUACACUUCAAUCUGGAACUUCCUUGACCAGCCGGGAGUUGUGUUCCCAACUGGACUUCGGAUGGACCCUGAACUGGAUGCUCCUAAGGAAUACCAUCCAAGGAGUGACAUCGAGGCUUACGAAAGAAGUCUCUACAAAGAUCCAUCUGUUUUUGAUGGUGCACCUAUUUGUGUGCAGCUGAUUGGUCGGAGAUGGUUUUGUGAAGAGGUCCUACAAGGUGCAAAAGCUAUCAGCGAGAUUUUUGGCUUGUUGGAUCAGCUUGUCAACCUGGCUGGAAACAUCCAAUUCCUGGAACUGCUUGAAGUCGUUUCCGGUCAGUUUGUCUGUAAUUCUCUUAAGCACAUACGCAGCACGGGCAUUGAGAAUGUCUGCCUUGUACUGAGCAGCCAUCUUGCUGGCCUCUUCCUCGGUAAUUUGACCAGUGCGCAAAAGUUCUUGGUAAUUGGCAUUAGGCAAGCUCUGGUUAGGGUUGUCGACGAUCUGGUUAAAUGGGAAGUCAAAUCCCCAGUUAAUCAGUGGAUCGUACGCGAAAGCCUCCAAGAUAGCCAUCAGGGACUCCUUGUUAUCUCUCAGCACUCUCAUCACGUUUUCGCUUGUAAUUCUGAAAGAUCCCUCAAUUCCACUGACCUCCAUUGCGUAACUCAACAUCCGGGUGAGUCUGAAUGGAACCUUUUCAGGGUACUUCUCUCUCAAAAUAGCAGCCUCAAAACAGUCACCAAAAUCAAUAUGGACGACCUUACCAUUCUUCUAUCCAGCCAGGCUUCUGAAGACUUCGAUUUGAACCAUAGCACCUUACAUCUGCAACAUGAUACGGUGUUCGACAUCGAGCAAAAUUUUGCGAGGCUCUCUGUAUUCCUUGAUAAGAACGUGGAAAGUGUCCGAGUUUGGAACCCAACCCAAGAGACCGGAGCUUGGAGAAAGAGGAAUAGCAGCAAACUGUUGAAUAUCCAUGUGACGCUUGAAACAUUCCGAAUCGUUGGCCAGAAGGGUGUUCACCAAUCCAAAGAGCUGCAUGACCAGACUAUCUUGACGAAUAUCCUCGUGUCCCUUCAGCAGAUAUUGAUAGUUCUUACCGUCACUUCCAAGGACGUUGAACUUCCGCGGUCUCUGCUUCGAAGUGAUAACCGAAAACACAGGUUCGAAUUUGACUGUUUUGAUGACUUCUUUUCCAGGAACAUACGUUCCCGGAACAGCGAGCUCAAGAUCUUUAGCGGCAAGCAAUUUUGGAGAAACAUGCUGCAGAUCCAGAUUUUGCAGCUGGGGGAGCUGUCUUGA